AUGGCCGGGCCAUGGCGGCGGGCACAGGCUGUGUGCGGCUGUGGGGAGCUGCGCGGUGUUGGGCCCUGCGGCGGCCGCUGCUGGCCGCCGCUGGGGGCAGGGUCCCGAUGCGGCCGGAGCGUGGUUCCCCAGAGGCCGGCGGGCUUGCGAAGCCUCGCCUCCCUGGGCGCUCUGGGCCGAAGCCCCGCAUCCGCGGGCCAGUGGCGGGAGCUUUGGGAUGCGAACAGCCGCGGCGGGAGUGGCGGCUCAUUCUCAAGCGGCGAGGAUGCACCCGAGGGCGGCGCGGAGGACGGGACCACGGGCGCGGCGGGCAGCUCGGGCGGUGGAGAAGGCCCGGUCAUAACGGCGCUGACGCCCAUGACGAUCCCGGACGUGUUCCCGCACCUGCCGCUCAUCGCCGUUACUCGCAACCCAGUGUUCCCGCGCUUUAUCAAGAUUAUCGAGGUUAAAAAUAAGAAGUUGGUUGAGCUGCUAAGAAGGAAAGUCCGUCUUGCCCAGCCAUAUGCCGGCGUCUUUCUAAAGAGAGAUGACAACAAUGAGUCCGACGUGGUGGAGAGCCUGGAUGAAGUCUACCAUACUGGGACGUUUGUCCAGAUCCACGAGAUGCAGGACCUUGGGGACAAGCUGCGCAUGAUCGUUAUGGGACACAGAAGGAUUCAUAUCAACAGACAACUGGAGGUGGAGCCGGAGGAGUCUGAUGCUGAAAAUAAGCAGAAGCCCCGCAGGAAGCCCAAGCGAGGCAAGAAGGAUGCGGAGGAGGACUCGAAUUCCAGGCGCCAGAUGGACGUGGUCAUGGAGCCCGCCUCGGGCUCCCCUGGCGAGGUGCUCAUGGUCGAAGUUGAGAAUGUUGUCCAUGAGGACUUCCAGGUCACGGAGGAAGUGAAAGCCCUGACUGCGGAGAUUGUGAAGACCAUACGGGACAUCAUUGCCUUGAACCCGCUCUACAGGGAGUCUGUGCUGCAGAUGAUGCAGGCCGGCCAGAGGGUGGUGGACAACCCCAUCUACCUGAGUGACAUGGGUGCUGCGCUCACUGGCGCCGAGUCCCACGAGCUGCAGGACGUGCUUGAAGAGACCAACAUUCCCAAGCGUCUGUAUAAGGCCCUGUCCCUCCUCAAGAAGGAGUUUGAGCUGAGCAAGCUGCAGCAGCGCCUGGGGCGGGAGGUGGAAGAGAAGAUCAAGCAGACUCACCGCAAGUACCUGCUGCAAGAGCAGCUGAAGAUCAUCAAGAAGGAACUGGGCCUGGAGAAGGAGGACAAGGACGCCAUUGAGGAGAAGUUCCGAGAGCGGCUGAAGGAGCUGGUGGUCCCCAAGCACGUCAUGGACGUGGUGGAUGAAGAGCUGAGCAAGCUGGGCCUGCUGGACAACCACUCGUCAGAGUUCAAUGUCACCCGCAACUACCUGGACUGGCUGACGUCCAUCCCGUGGGGCAAGUACAGCGAUGAGAACCUGGACCUGACGCGCGCCCAGGCGGUCCUGGAGGAGGACCACUAUGGCAUGGAGGACGUCAAGAAGCGCAUCCUGGAGUUCAUUGCUGUCAGCCAGCUCCGAGGCUCCACCCAGGGCAAGAUCCUCUGCUUCUACGGCCCCCCUGGUGUGGGCAAGACCAGCAUCGCCCGCUCCAUUGCCCGCGCCCUGAACCGCGAGUACUUCCGCUUCAGCGUAGGGGGCAUGACUGACGUGGCGGAGAUCAAGGGGCAUAGGCGGACGUACGUGGGUGCUAUGCCAGGAAAGAUCAUCCAGUGCCUGAAGAAGACCAAGACGGAAAACCCUCUGAUCCUGAUAGAUGAGGUCGACAAGAUCGGCCGGGGCUACCAGGGAGACCCCUCGUCUGCAUUGCUUGAGCUGCUGGACCCUGAGCAGAAUGCCAACUUCCUGGACCACUAUCUGGAUGUGCCUGUGGACUUGUCCAAGGUGCUGUUCAUUUGCACAGCCAACGUCACCGAGACCAUCCCAGAGCCACUGAGGGACCGGAUGGAGAUGAUUAACGUGUCGGGCUACGUGGCUCAGGAGAAGCUUGCCAUUGCAGAGCGGUACCUGGUGCCUCAGGCCCGUGCACUCUGUGGCCUGGAUGAGAACAAGGCCAAGCUGUCAUCAGACGUGCUGACCCUCCUCAUCAAGCAGUACUGCCGGGAGAGUGGUGUCCGCAACCUGCAGAAGCAGGUGGAGAAGGUGUUACGGAAGUCUGCCUACAAGAUUGUCAGUGGCGAGGCAGAAUCGGUGGAGGUAACACCAGAGAACCUACAGGAUUUCGUGGGGAAGCCAGUGUUCACCGUGGAGCGCAUGUACGACGUGACGCCCCCUGGCGUGGUCAUGGGGCUGGCCUGGACCGCCAUGGGUGGUUCCACGCUGUUUGUUGAAACAUCCCCAAGACGGCCACGGGACAAGGACAGCAAGGGAGAUAAGGACGGGAGCCUGGAGGUGACAGGUCAGCUGGGGGAGGUAAUGAAGGAGAGUGCGCGCAUCGCCUACACUUUCGCCAGGGCCUUCCUGAUGCAGCAUGACCCCACCAACGAGUACCUGGUGACCUCGCACAUCCACCUGCAUGUGCCUGAGGGUGCUACCCCCAAGGAUGGCCCUAGUGCUGGCUGCACCAUCGUCACGGCCCUACUUUCCCUGGCCAUGGACCAGCCUGUACGGCAGAACCUGGCUAUGACUGGCGAGGUCUCCCUUACAGGCAAAAUCCUGCCAGUGGGCGGCAUCAAGGAAAAGACCAUCGCAGCCAAGCGUGCUGGAGUGACCUGUGUCAUCCUGCCAGCUGAGAACAAGAAGGACUUCUAUGACCUGGCCGCCUUCAUCACUGAAGGCCUGGAGGUGCACUUUGUGGAGCACUACAGGGAGGUCUUCGACAUAGCCUUCUCCCAGGAGCGGGCGGAGGCCCUGGCCAUGGAGCGGUGACGGCAGCCAGCGGGACCAGCUGGGCCGAGACUGUAGGGGGUGGGGACUUGGGACAGCCGAGGAAGCGGAGCCGGCGGCCUGGAACCCAAGGACUUCAAUUACGGAUUAAUCAGAGUAUGGAGCCUAUGGACUGUAAUUAUGAUUAAAACCAUUUUCAGUACUG